AUCACAACAAUAUACAACCCUAGUCUCUCUGCGGGGGUGUUCCUUUGGGAUUUUGAGGUCGGAGUCACUGAUGAGCAUUAGGAGUUUUUCGAGUUUCCAUUCGCAGCAGUUCGUCUUUUCCUUUUGCUCUGAAUGACAUUCAUAGCGUCAACGGACCGAGAUUGAUAAGCAUAAAUCUCUUAAUCUCUCUGCAUAUAUUUAGUUCUGGAAUCGAAUCGAUCAUGGUGGGACAGAAGCUGUUAAAAACGAGGAUAUGCGUACUGUAUAGAAAGGGUCAAUGCCAUCGUCAGAGCUGCUCCUUUGCCCAUGGGGAUGCCGAGCUGCGUCGCUACAAUACUUCUUCGUCCUCCUUCAACGGGAGGCAGGACUACAGAGGUGCGGAUUUAAGAGAUAAGCUUGGCAGACAUCGCUCUCCACCUCAUAGAAACUCUCUUGAAAGAGAUGCAAGAGACAGAUUCCCAUCUCAAGGACAUGGUUCUCCAAGAUUUGGGAAAAAGAGUGAAUGGAGUCAUAGAAAGAGACAUCACUUCGAUGGUGAAAGUGAAUAUUCCGGAAGCUUUAAAUUAUCAGAUGGGGGUGAGCAAGGCAGAGAAACAAAAGCCUCAUCUUCAGAAAUUAAGGAUGAUCAGUUGAAGCAUGUGCAAUCUGAAAUAGAUAUGCUAGAAGAUCACAAGGAACAACUGCAGAUCUAUUUGGAAGAAAGGAUCCAAGAAGAAGAUAGUUUAAAUUCCAAAAUUAAAGAGCUUGAUAUGCAAUUGUCCAUAGAGAAAGAGGAAUGUAGAAGAAUUUCCUCCAAAAUUAGGAAAUUUGUGAAGGCAAAUCAUCGCCACUCAAAGUUACAAGAUGAACUGAAAAGAUCAGAAGCUCGUCUCGAAAGACUUGGGGAUCAGCUUGGUUUUGAUGCUAGAGCUGCUGCUAAUGAAGAGGAUAUUAGCAUUAAUUUAAUAUAUUAUUAA